AUGCUUGGAGCAGCCUCGGUCCCCUUGGAGACUCCGGCAGGAGCGCAACACGUGAUGAGAGAGAGACACCGAGAGAGAGAGAGAGUGAGAGAGAGAGCUGAAGAGGACGCACGGAGAGUGAAGAGAGGAGAGGAGAGGGGAAAAAAACGAAUUAAAGUGCGUUUUCCUCUCCUCCCACCCUGACACAUCUCGUUCUCCUCCUGUGGGGGGGAUUCAGAAGAAGAGGAGGAGAGAAAACUCGGAGUUAACGAACUUUUUGCACAUCCUCGGGAAACGCCAUUUUGAUUCCUCUCCGGAACAGCUUUGCUUCUUUCCCCCCUCUCUAUAUCUCCUUCCCUCUUUCUCUCUCUUUUCUUAACCCAUCAUCACUCCCUCAAGUACUCUCUCAGUCACUCAUUCAUCAUCAUCGUCGUCGCCGCCAUCAUCAUCAUCAUCAUCAUCACCGCCAUCAUCAUCAUCAUCAUCAUCAUCAUGUCUCGGCGAAAGCAGCCAAACCCCAACAAAGUCAAACUGUGAACCGUGGGUGCUGACGCUCGAGGUGCACGGCGGUCCCUCUCCACAGCCUCAUUCGAGGACUGUGAUGGAUAGUUCAACAGAAGAGAAGAAGUCAGGGGAGGAGGUCAGCACUGCCAUCAGCACCAUGAAGGCCAAGCAGACAGAGGAAACAGAUCAACACACUGAGAGUCAGAGAAAGUCGGCGGUGAGCGUAGCCGAUGCACAGAUCCGAGUGGAGGCAGGGAAAGAGGGAGCGGAUGGAGCAGACCUGUCGUCUAUCACAUCGAUGAUGAGCACUGUGAUGAAAGCAGCUCAGCUUAAUGGAGGAGUGGAGGUUUCCAACAAAACCCCCACCAAAACUUCCAGUAAGAGCCCCAGCGCCAGCCGCUCCGGCAGGAAGGGUCAGGAUGCCAAGGAUGACACCUCAUCUCUCAUCUGCCCACUGUGUGACAAAAAUUGUCAAAACCAGCACCAGCUUACGAUGCACAUUCGCCAGCAUAACUCUGAAGCCGGCACUUCAGAUCACUCGUGCAGUAUCUGUGGAAAGUGCCUGAGCUCGGCCAGUUCUCUGGACCGCCACAUGUUGGUGCACAGCGGCGAGAGGCCAUACAAAUGCUCUGUGUGCAACCAGACUUUCACCACCAACGGCAACAUGCACAGGCACAUGAAGAUCCAUGAUAAAGAUCCUUCCCUCUCCAGCCCCACCAGCCCACCAUUAGCCGGUAAACGGAAACGCCCCUCUGCGAUUAUUUCCAAGAAGAAACCCAGCCAUAGUGACAAUGGAGAACAGGCUGAUGAACCAUCCAGUAAAAGGCAGGUUUUAGAAGAUGGUGGAGUGGAUGAUCAGACAGGGAGCAAGGGGCAGGAGGAGCAGCUGCCAUGCCCCAUCUGCUUCAAGACGCUCAACUCCAAAAAUGAACUGGAAACUCAUAUGGAAACCCAUCCUGACACUGCACUCAGGUGUGAGAAUUGUUGCAUCUCAUUUCGGACACAUCGAGGUUUGCUCCGUCACAAUGCAGUCAUCCAUAAGCAGCUGCCAACAGAUGCCAGUGGACGGCCAUUCAUUCAGAACAACCCCUCCAUACCCCUAGGCUUCAAUGAUCUAGCUUUCAUUGACUUCUCCUGUCGCAAAUUCCCUCACAUUGCCCAGGUUUGGUGUGAAACCAAUCUACGCCGCUGCACCAGCAAGCUUCAUCGCUUUGUGUGCGAGACCUGCGACAAAGCGUUCCCUUUAAGUAUGGCAUUAGACUUGCACAAGUCCACACAUGACACUUCUGAAGCCAAGGAGGAGUCUGUUUCAUCCCAGCCUGCCAGUACAGAGUCCUCCAUGUCUGAGAAAAGUGGCUUCAUGGACUCGCUGGGUUUGCAGCACAUUUCUCAGGUCAAGCCUGUACCCUCAGAGGAGGAUGCCUUUCAAGCAGCUCUAGACAGUAUCCGUGUAAUCCAUGUGGAUCCAUCAUCGAUCCAAAAGGAGUCUAGCUUUCCUGGUGGGAUUAGCCUGUCUCUGGUGGAUCCAUCAUCUCUUCGGGGUUUGUCCCAGCACGAGGCACUCAAACUUCUUUCUUUACAGCCAUUUCAGACUGGUUUUCUUGUCCAGCCAGAUGGCGCGAUGGUAGUAAAACCAGUUUGUGGCGAGACUGGAAUGGAACUGGCUGACAUACAGCAGAUCCUCAAAGUGGCUUCUGCUGCCCCAAACCAGAUCAGCCCCCCUCCCUUGUCCAAGGCACCAUGCAGUGCAGUGCAGUCAAACUACAAGCAGAUGCCCCCACUCAAGCCAAAGCCUCUGGUGGCUCCCAGGACCAAUAUGACAACCUCUACUCCCCCUCCCCUUUUAAGCACCCAGCAGGCAUCACUAGGUUGCAUCAGCCCCAGUCUACCACCACUUGCUGGCCAGUUUCCAAAGGCUGCCAAGGAACUGUCUUCAUCUUCAUCUUCAUCUUCUUCUACUUGCAACCAGGCUUCUAUUGAAAAAAUGCAAAUGGAAGCUGAUUGCAUGGGUGAUGCCCACACUCCCAUGGACACAGAUGACCAACAAAUUAAGCAGGCAGAAGAAAAGAUAAGGGAGCCAUCUGGAAAAAAGGGAGCAGGUCGCAAAGGGUCAUACCCCUGCCGCUUUUGUGACCAGGUAUUUGCAUAUUCAGGGGUACUACAGGCACACAUGCGAUAUCAUCUGGGUAUUUUGCCCCACCAGUGUAAUAUUUGUGACUAUGUUGCUCCUGACAAAGCCACACUGAUUCGUCAUCUACGCACCCACAGUGGUGAGAGACCUUACGUCUGCCGAGUCUGCCAUUACCCAUUCACUGUUAAAGCCAACUGUGAGCGCCACCUUCGCAAGAAACACAUGAAGAACACCCGGAAGGAAAUCGAGAAAAAUAUCAAGUAUGUCACCUCAUCCACGUCGAUGCCUGAUGGAUUAGAACAGACUGGUGACACCGCCUGUCAUGUAUGUGGUGAGGACCUUAAGACCUACCGAGCCCUACAGAUCCACAUGCGUGUCCACAAUGGCUUCCAGAGAAAGCCGUAUGAGUGUAAACGCUGUGGAGCAGCCUUUUUAGCCAAGCGUAACUGUAUCCAUCACCUUCUGAAACAGCACCCUGAGAUUAAAGAGCAGGAUAUAGAAGAGCAUAUAGCUGCUAUCACUGUGACUUCUUCUCAAAAGAGUCCUAAACCUUCUUCAGUCAACGGAGUGCCACCAAGUGCUUCGCUCCGUCCCAUUAAAGUGGAGGAUCUAAGUUUCUAUGCCGCAGAUCAGGACCAACCGCUGGACUUCUCAAACAAAAAUCGAGGAGGUAAUAAUGCUGGAAACAGCAGUGCUUCUCCUAGAAUCAAGGUGGAGCCUGCCACUUAUGAUGAUUCCAUGGAGCCCAUUGAUCUCUCUAUUCCCAAAAAUCCUGAGAAAAAGAUAAAGAUAAAUCCUGACACAGUGCUGCAAAGAGAAGUAAAAAAAGAACAGACAUCCCUUAACAUAAUGGAUCACACACUUGCCCUGGGCCUGAAAACAGAUAGAGCCAUUGAUGAGAAACCUCAGCAGCUUGGGUGCUACCAGCUUCCUGCUGCCUUGACCACCGUUGGUACAACCAGUGCAGCAAGUCGUGCCUUGCGACUAAAGCCCCUGCUACCUAAACCGAAUUCUGCUGGUGUGAAGGAGCUCCCUCCAUUGGCCUCUAUUGCCCAGAUUAUCUCCUCUGUCUCUGGUGCCCCCGAUCUCCUUAAACGAGACAGCCCUAAUGGCGGUCUUGAUUCUGUCUCAGACAGCUCAGCCGAGGAGUUUCUCCAGGAGGGAUCCAAAAGAAGAAGAAGCAAUAAAAGGCAAUCCAUCAGCAUAUCUAGGGAAAAGCCUGCAAUGAAUUCAACAGACCCUAGUAUCGACCUAGAGUCCAGCGGUGAAUUUGCCAGUGUGGAGAAGAUGCUGGCCACCAGUAAUGCCAAUAAAUUCAGCACCUACUUAAAAACCAACAUGAUGGAGCUAGAAAGGAAAGAGGGAGAACAGUCAUGCAAUGGUGACAAGAAAGAAACGAAAGAUGAAAAACAGAUGCAAGGCAAGCAGACCUCACAACCUCAACAGUCAAAAGGGAAAAAGAAUGCAUACUCAAACUCUGUGCAAAAAAUGACUUGCCCAUUCUGUCCCAGAGUCUUUCCAUGGGCCAGCUCACUCCAACGCCACAUGCUGACACACACAGGUCAAAAGCCGUACCCUUGCCCUAAAUGCGAAGCCCUAUUCUCAACCAAGUCCAACUGUGAGCGCCAUCUUUUACGCAAACACGGUGUAACCAAUAGAAUCCUCCGGCAAAAUGGUGCCAUGCUAAACUCCAAGGAGACAGAGGAUUGCUCACCAGAGAGUGCAGAGAGCAUGUCCGAAACAGAGCUCCCUAGUGGUGAGGCAAUGGAGUUGACAAAUUCUGGAGCUGAAAAGCCAACUGCAUCAGAUGCUGAAAAACCCUCCCCUGCCAAGCCAACAGAAGCAGCUGCAGUAAAGCCUCUCCACCACCAGGGGGAGCCAGAACACCAGGAUGUGCACGAGUCAUUGAGAAGAAAAAGCACAGUCAAUGAUGAUGAUACACACAGCAAUAAAAGCCUGGACCUGAACUUUGCCAGCAAAUUAAUUGACUUUACAUUCUCAGAGGGUGAACAGCAGAGGUCCUCUCCUGCUGUAGAUAGUGAUUCACAUGAACAGGAAGAGUCCAAGCUGACCUGCAAGAGCUGCAACAAGAGCUUCAAAUACGCCGCCACUCUAGCACGACAUGAAAAAGUUCACGUGUUAGAAAGUGCAGCCGACGCCACCAGCAUGGACUCCAAAGUGGACAACGUGGCCGAGUCUUGCGAACUGAAAAAGGAUGACGUAGAGGACGAGGUGGAGAAAGUGGACCGAAAUGGGACGGCAGAAAGUGAUGGAGCAGGCAGUACGAUGGACAGUGGCUCUGAGGACGACACUGGGGAGAGGAGUGAUGAAGAAGGAGGUGCAACUGAACCGAAGAGCUGUGAUGGGGAGGCUGAAUUGUCUGGGAUCAAAACUGACAAGAGGAAGAAGAUAUGCGGAGUGUGUGGCAAACGCUUCUGGAGCCUUCAGGAUCUGACAAGACACAUGCGCUCUCACACAGGUGAACGUCCCUACAAGUGUCAGACCUGCGAGCGCACAUUCACCCUGAAGCACAGCCUGGUCAGGCACCAGCGUAUACACCAGAAACCCCGUGGUGCAGACGGAGAGAUGGGAAGAGCUGUAGAGGAAGAGGGAUUCAGUGGGGGCUCAGCUAGCGAAAGGGUGUCCACCCCGACCAGCACGAACCCUCCGUCUGAAAACGAGAGUGAAAGUAUGAAGGAGAAAAAGCGAGAGUCUGCCUACAGUACAAACAGGGAGCCGGAACUCAGCAAAGAGCCGGAACCAGCUACAGAGACACCCAAAGAGCCUCCAGCAGAGCAACUAGCCUCGGAUUCACCCUCAGAGGUGGAGCAACCACACGGAUUUCUGCAAGGCCUGCUGGAGAUCCAUUCCAAGCCUGACAUUGAACGCAUCCUCCCUACCACCGAGCCACCUCUGCUCGGGGUGGAGUGAAAGAGUAACUCCAUACGAGUGCCAUACUAUAAGUACUUUUGUACUGCAAAACAUUUUAAACAGCAACAAAAAGACCAUUUACAAGUGCCUUGCUACUUUUUUUUUUUGCUAUAUCUUUAUCUACUACCAGAUGAUUUAGUUGAUUUUUAGAGUAUUUUAUAAAAAAUCUUUUUUUUUUGAAAAUGCCACGUUAAGCAAUACAUAAAUGAACAAUUAAGUAUGAUGAUUAAGGGACGGAACAGAGAAUGGUCAUAUGAGGGCUGCAAGAAGCUGGCACAUGGCUACUGAGACUACUGUGUGACGAUUUGUGCAUACAAGCAUAACUGGAAUAUGUCCAAUUGCGCUUAUAUUUCAAAGGGCUGUUCAUGGACUCUAAUCCACCUUUUAGCUUUAGCGAUACAUGGCCUCCAGAAUACCCGAAACAGUGAAUUGUAUUCUGGCUUUUGUAUUACAUAAAAGAGGGCACGGUGAGUUGAAGAGGCUUCACUCUGGAAGGCAGAGCUGCAUUAUGGGUAAUCCUCUAGGCAAUAUGCAGCAACUCUCAGCAUAUAAUAUCUGGGCAAUAUUUGCCUAUAAUAGCACGAUUUUUUUUCCAGCUACACUGACUACGUCAGGCAUCCAUUUUUUUUUUUUUUUUGGAAGAAAAUCUUUUUUUUAUGGAGGGAUGUGCAGUGUUUGUUGUUUUAAAUAUAUAAAAGGCUCAAGAAGAAGGGCUCUAGCUCUAGUAUCACUUACAAAACAGAUCUCAAGAGAAAGCAAGUCCAGGUUUAAACGUCUUCCAAAACCCUCCUACUUCAGGCCUUACUUGUGUUUCUCCAGAGGUUUUAGGACAGGCCUCCUGCAUCCAAAAAGCUAGUUGUUCUUAUUACUUGAAAGCUGUCACCCUGCUGCCUCCUGUCUGGCUACAGCACCAGUUCCAGGACCAUCAUCCUCCUGAGCAUCUCUCGUAGUAGGAUAUCAGGUCAAUCAUAUGAUCACAUGUGGAGUUGGGUAUUUCUGUCAUUUUACUUUUUUUUUUUUUUCUUCCUCAAAUGUGUAAACCUCAGCCUCUAUGUGAACCUCAAAGAGCAGCAAAGCGAACUGACAGAGUAAUUACGACGAGCUCGAGCCCGUUUUCCAGAUUUGUCCUCGCCGACUGGACGACUACCACAGUAAAUUUUCACAGGAAACAAAAACCAUUUGCAUUUGUGGUGUGAGCGCUAUGAAACAGAGUAUUAAUAAGCGAGCGUUUCUUUGACGAGCGGUCCGGUAUUGGAUGACGUAUUUCCUCACCACAGUGGCCACUGGCACAAGACUAGUGUUGGAUGAACUUGAAUGAAAAAUGCAAUCUCUUCCUCAGUCUGCGUAUCGUAUUCUGAGACUUCCGUUUCUCCUAAUGCCUUUUCCUGGGUUGCUACGUGUGUGUGUUGCGUGUGUAUCCACGUGUGUGUAUAUAUAUUUCUGGUGAGAAUGCACACGGACUGUUUUAAAUGUAUUUAUUGUAGCCCAGUGUGGGUAAAGAAGUGAAAAUGUGGAGAAGCCAUGUAUUAAAUAUGCUGCAGAGAGAAAUGUUUCAGAUUCAAUACUUUAGUAGCCCAGCUGAUCUGGGUCCUUUUUUUCCCCCCUAGCAAUAAUCACUAUUGAUCCAAAGGCUUUAUGUAGAUGUUUUUAUGUUUUAUAGACUCGGUGGUCUCCUUUUUUUUUUUUUUUGGCUAUCAUUAUUAUCACUAUUAUAUCAGUUUGAAUGAGAUAUGAGUUUGUGUUUUGUUUUUUUUGUUUUUUUUCUUUGAUAUACAAGGCAUAUAAAACUGUGAAAUUUAUUGUUUGUUGGGUAAAUCUUUAGGGUAGAAUUGCAUGUUAACCUUUUUAUGUUCUAUUAAAUGGAUAUUUUUCUGUUCCUCCCUUCUCACACUGUCUUGCUCUCAGGGUUUUUACAUGAUGCUUAUUUGAAAUGUACCUUCCUGAGUUGCAAAUAUUCUCCCCAACUCUUGAUUUUGGAACAAGUUGAACUGUCAAUCACUACUUCUAGCACUUGACUGUGAAUUAAAAACGAGUGGGAUGGAUAUACUGAAUCCAUGCACACCCACAUUCCUCUCAUCACUUUUUCAUAUUCUUUUUCCUGGUUGUUUGUUCUUUCCCGGUUCCUUCAUGAGCUUUCUCCUUUACAUAUAUGGCAAAAACUCUACAAACUUUACCGUCUUGCCACCUGGCUCUGAUUGAUAUUAAAGGGAGCUUUGCAUCGCUGCUACAGAUAAAACGUAAUUCUAUUGGACUUGAACAGAACCAGAAUCAUCAGUAGUAUUUUGGUACACUACUCCUGCUCUUCACACGAGUGCUUUUUUGAAAUCAGAAAUUUAAGCUGUUCUGUAUCAAACCUUUAAAGCAAUAAAAUUAUAUUAAUGCAAAA